AUGCGAAGAGUCAAACGAACGGAAGUUUUCGUUUUAUCCCCCAUGGCAAAGUACAUUUACCAUCCAUUCAUCGCCCGUCUCGCAUUCACCAAAGAGAUCCCCAAUAACCUGUACCUUUACUCUCCUUUCAUUAGCGGUGGACACCUAUUAAACCAUGUACAGAAAGUCCGGCAAUUUGAUGCCGACACGAGCAGACUCUAUGCCGCCGAGAUCGUUUGCGCCUUGGAGUACCUGCAUUCUCUGGACGUGUGCUGUUGGCUCAAAGCGGGAAACAUUAUGCUUGACUCGUCGGGUCACAUCACACUAUGUGGCUUUGGACUCUUUCGACAACGUGACGGCAUGCAUACAGACUGGAAAAGGCCAGAGUAUCCUGCACCAGAGGUACUCACAGAUGACAAGUACAGCAAGGCCGCUGAUUGGUGGACGCUCGGUGUAGUCCUAUAUGAGAUGCUGACGGGCUUGCCGCCGUUCUAUAGUAACGUGUUGGGAAACAUCCGCGACAACAUCAUUUCAAAGCCGCUGCACCUUCCCAGGUCAAUGCACGCAAACGCCAAGAACAUUAUAUCUCGUCUACUUGAUCGGAAUCCUGAUCAACGAUUGGGUGCCAAUAUCAACGGAGCGUCUGAGGUGAGACAGCAUGCCUUUUUCAAGAAUCUCGAUUGGCAGGAGGUAAUCGAGCGAAAGACGGAACCCUCGUUCGGACCUGGCCAUCAUGCGGGAGCUUUUGAAUCUUAUGGCGUCGAUUAUCCCCACACUGUCGGACUUGGACAACUUGAGGAACCACCCAACACUGAAAUGGUCUUGGGCUUUGGUGCACAUAGUGUUUCCGAGCCUGGAAUCAACGCGAUAGAUGUAAGAACAGGAGCCAGCAUGUUUGGAAGCAUCGAAGAGAACGCCAAUACACCUAUAGUCACGGACGAGAAUAUGAAUCUCGGCACAGUCGAACAAUUACGCACGGCACUUGAAGUUGCGUUGCAGUCCGACCAGCAAGACAGAGUUGCACUCCUCCUCGGAUUGAAGAUAGAUCUCGACACACCCAUCUUCCAGCAUACGAGCCAACGCUCAAACAUGCUCACAUGGGUUAUCAGCCACGGGAGCCUCGGCAUGCUCAUACUCAUUCUGUCAAAAGCAGACGUCAAGAGUAGACAUCGUGUGAGCGCAACACGUGCACUCAGCCUAGCGACCAAGAUGCGAAACAUCCCAGCCGCGAACAUCUUGCUCGAACAUGGCACGCGCUGUGACUUCGAAGACGGGGACAUUCCCAUUCCCGCUGACGUCGACGACCCCGAUGGUGACACAUUUGAUGAUCCUUUGGUACUAGGACAGUUUACACCAGCGCUCGUGUAUGCAGCGUUAAAUCAUGAUUUCGCAAUGGCCCGAAUAUUACUCACUCACGGAGCGAACCCGGAUCUUGGUUACCACUGCGUUCGUUCUGGGAUGCGGAGCGCCUUCUCUUGCGGAAGAAUUAUCGAACUCGUGAUGGAUCUUCGGUUCGUCGAAAUGGCGCAAUUGCUGCUCGAUCACAGCGCGGACAUAGGGCUUGCAUCACCGGUUUGGUAUGCGCAGGGGCAUGAGUGUGAGUUCGUUCCAAGGUCGGUGUAUCAGAGGGUGACGGCAGCACUGCGAGCAAUCCGGUCGAAAAGCCUAGAGGAGUGA